AUUCUUGAAAUGAUGCACGCAAUUCCAAGAAACCAAAAAUAAACGAGUCUUAGACAGAAUCUUGUUUAAAAUUCUAUUCUUCUUCUUAUCAUCGACCUUUCUCUUGUAGUGAAUAUUGAUCAUGGGUUCUGGAGAACAAUUCAUGAGCCUCUAUCAUCAUCAUCAUCAUGAUGUGAUGAAGAAAGAUGAGCAUAAGAUGAGCAUACCAAAAGGUUGUGUCUCUGUGAUUGUGGGACUUAAAGGUGAAGAGAAGAAGAGGUUUGUGAUACCAGUUAUGUACAUGAACCAUCCAUUGUUCAUGGAGCUCUUAAAGGAGGCUGAAGAGGAGUAUGGUUUCCAGCAUCAAGGUCCCAUUACCAUCCCUUGCCAUGUUAAAGACUUCUGUAAUGUUCAAGGAUUGAUUGAUCAAGAUCAUAAUCAUCUAUACCAUCAUAACCACCAUCAUCCUAUUUGUUGCUUCAAAGAUUGAUCAUGCUUCCAUUCUUGAUCACUGAUUAUACUUCUUGCUGCAAUUAUGUAUCUUUCUUGAUCGUUGGUGCUAGGUUUGUAAAUGUAUAUAUAUUAAUA